CGCAUACAUAGACAAGUUGAAAGCGACCAUUUACAACGCCCGCGAGCCAGUUACACACAAAGACAUCCCUCCCAUUCACCGCACACGCUUGUCGACGCGCUGCUCUGCAACAAAGGAUGCGCACCAUGCUAGCAAGCACCGGACGCGUGGCGAGGCCCGCCGUGGCCCAGCGCAUCAAUGCUCUACGGGCGCCGCGCCUGGUGGCUGUUCGCCCUCUGGCUUCGGCGGCAGGCGCUGCGCCCGCCUCCCCCUCGCGGCCAAGCUGGGACAUUCGCCUGCUGUACGACGGCGACUGCCCGCUGUGCCUGCGGGAGGUGGACUUCCUGCGCUCUAAGAAUGCGGCGAACAAGGUCGUGUUUGUGGACAUUGCUGCCGCCGACUACAACCCCGCGGAGAACGCAGGAAUCAGCUUCGAGCGGGCAAUGGAGACCAUCCAUGGCGUCACCUGGGAAGGCCGCGUGCUCACAGGUGUCGAGGUUUUCCGGGCUGUGUACGAGGCGGUUGGUCUGGGAUGGGUGUACGCCAUCACCAAGAUUCCCAUUGUGUUGACCCUGGCUAACAAGGUGUACGACGUGUGGGCAUCAAACCGCACCCAGCUGACUGGUCGCGAGGCGCUUUCGGUCAUCGUGGAGCGGCGGCGGUUGGAGGAGGCGGGCAAGGCCUCGUGCCGCACGCCGCAGACGGCCGGGGCGCAGCAGCAGUGCGACGUCUAAGUGCACGACUGCACGGGGUGGUGUUGAGGGCUUGAGGGAGGGCUGCGAGUAGGAGGGGGGUUGAAGGGCUCGAGGGAUUGAGACUUUUGGAGAGGGCCUAUAUGUAUUGCUUCUGUCAAGUGCCGUGGUGCAGUGUAUGCUAGAGACAGCGCACAAGGAGGAGGGUCUUGCCCGGUGUGGUGGCGUAACGGAUCGGGUAUGAGUAUGACUGAGUGACGGAGUGGGUAGCAGACCAGCAGUAGUGGCUAGGGUAGGACGCCCCUAGCUUAGAUACCCUCACAAGCAGUUGCGCCGCUGCACGCAGCUGUGAGCUUCCAGAACCGCACACAAUACUUACCUAAACUGGAAAGUGCUUUGAAGGUUGACAUACCGUCUUCAACCAGUGCACUGAGGGCGCAUUGCCGUGUUAUCAAGACGGAGAAGUGAUUGUUUGAAUGGAGACUUGCAGCCAUCAAGGUAGC